AUGGUGUUGAAGUCUGGCAAUUUACUUUAUGGAGACCUUGGCAAUAUUGCACACGUGUACCUUGAUGUUCUGUCCAAACCUCAGGUGACGGUCCAUGAUAACAUCUCCUGUAGCGUGGUGUGUUCUGUGGAGAACGGGAGAGAGGUGACCCUGUCCUGGUAUAAAGGAGGGGAGAUACUCAACCAGACCAGCAGCCCUGACCACAACAUCACCCUCGCUCUACCUCUCAAGGUGGAUGAACAGAACAGAGACUCUUACAGAUGUGAGGCUGCCAACCCAGUCAGCAAGGAGACAGCUGUUGUUCCACAUUCCUGUAUAGAGAGUGAUCCCUUCAAGGUGACAGAUGGUGAUGAGAGGACUCAAGGUCAUCUUAUUAUUGCUGUAAUCUGUGUUCUGGUUGCCUCAGGACUUGUUGGUCUUGCAAUCUAUCUUAAGAAGAGGAGAAACGGACACUCACAUGCAGAUUCACCUGAAAGAGAGCAAGAUGACAUUCAGUAUGCAGAGAUAACUCACAUUAAACCAGCAGAAAACCAGGAGGAGCGAACAGGUAUACAAGGACUGGAGUCACUUAGAGACAACCCUAACCUGACAGUUUAUGAUACACUCCAGUUACAUCACAUGGCUGCCAGCGAGGAUGUUGACACUGCAUGAAGGUGCAAAACAGGAAGGUUCUGAGAGAUUGACAUGGUAAUUCACAUCCAAGAGAAGGUGUUACAUCAUAAAGUGGACGUUGAGACAGAAUUAUAGUAAAUAUUAGAUUAGGAAACCUAAUGGAGUCACAGUUGUUAUUGGAGAAAAUUCCCAUUGAACCCUUGCGCUAUCAGUUCAGACAUCCUGUGUUGGUCAUUCUCACAUUCUUUUGUUGAAUUGGGGCCUCGAUGAGAUGAACUGAUACAGACAAAUUCAAUAGCUAUGCCUAGGGUUAUUAGUAGGGUGAUCCCUCUUUUCAAGUGCCCAUUGUCCCAAUGUAUACGUUAAAACAAAUGGAACCUCUUAAUACAAUUCACUAGUGUGUUUGAUAUGCUAUUACUGGGCCAAAGCUUCUUUUCAGUAUUGUCUGUUCUGUUGUUUAACAUGAAGGGGAGGGUUACAAUCUCGCCCUCCUGCAGACACUCCUUCUAUUAGAGCAUUUUGUGCUCCACCUACAUUCGCCAAGAUACAGAAUAUAACUGUGAUAAAAUACCAAAUCUACUGAUACCAUAGUGAAUUGUUGCUCUGGAGGCUUUCAUUUUCAUAGUAGUUACCAAGACUGAAUAUUAAGAUAAUAUACUUCACAUUUCACAAUUAUAAAAUUAUGACUUAUUCAAACGGGUAAAGAUUUGUUUACUGAUCUUCAAUAUAUUAAGGCAGACUUACAGUGGGGUAAAAAAGUAUUUAGUCAGCCACCAAAUGUGCAUGUUCUCUCACUUAAAAAUAUGAGAGAGGCCUGUAAUUUUCAUCAUAGGUACACUUCAACUAUGACAGACAAAAUGAGAGAGAAAAAUCCAGAAAAUCACUUUGUAGGAUUUUUAAUGAAUUUAUUUGCAAAUUAUGGUGGAAAAUAAGUAUUUAUGUCAGAUCAGUUGUUGUUUUGGGAUCUCAUUAAGGAUGCUAUGACAGCAUAACUGUAUCUCUGAAUGUGUAUAUUUAACAGUUGUCAGGUUUACAUCCAAAUGUUGUGGAACUCACAGGAUUAAAUAUGAAACUAUUUGUGAAAAGACGAAAUGUGAUGUUAGCCUUCUAAAUGAGAAUUGUUUAUCAUAUAAAAGUUAUACCCAGUCAGUGACCACACUCACGUGAGCAGACAUUAUGUCGGCAUUAUGGAACCAUGGAACUUUUACCAGAGUGCAUAAAACCCCUCCUAACAAAAUGUACAUUAGACCAAGCAGGUGGACGGUAAAGCGGGACGUCACAAAUGGUUAGACUCUACAAGACCAGUACACGGACAGCGUUAGCUGAAAGGUACAAAAUGGUUAGAAACUCUGAAACUUUCAACAGUGAAGAAGAUAAAGACUACACAUUCACAGUCUGCAGCUGUAUAUAUAAAAUAGUCUAGUAAACACGACCAAAGACGAGAGACAAAUAACAAUAUCCUCUCACCACUAUUCUAAUGAACAGAGCCCGCUGAACAAGCUACAAACACGAACUAAUUUGAUCUCUGGUGUACAAACCAGAGACUUCCGUCGCACUACUCUCCACAGAUGGACCGGCGAUUUCAACAGAGACCACAGAGACAUGCAAGCGUAAAUAUGUACAUUGCAUUUCUAAAUCCGAAUGAGCGGUUGUUAGGGUGCUAAAUAUCCACAUUUACGAUGGUCCACAUGUAUGUACAAUAAGCCCACUCUCUGUCUCUCCCGCUCUUUAACUGUCCCCACCCCUUUCCAUUGUCUACCACGCCGUCAAAUCGGGUUAGUCCACUAGGGACCUAUCAUUGCAUUAUGUUAGUAACCAAUGUAUAAUCUAUCCUGUGUGUGUGUUUAUGUCAUUCUGUGUGAUUAUUUAGUUAGUCAGUAAAUAAAUAAUU